AUGUCUGGCUAUCAGAAUACGAUAUCCACGCCAGGAGUUACCAUUAUCCAAAAUAUUUCUGAUGUAAGCGCAGAAUCAGGUGGUAAAUCGUUCGCAGGCUAUGCGGAUAACAGUAUCCACCACGUACAUCACGGUGAUACUUACUACAACCAAUAUCCUGAGCUACCGGAAACUCCACCAGCCCCUCUAUUGCACAUCCCCUUCCCUCGCGAUGCAGACUUCGUUGAGCGUGGAACGCUGCUCGAUCGGAUACAUGAAAAAGCCUCUGCACCAUGCGCUCGGAUAGCGUUGGUUGGUAUCGGUGGUGUCGGGAAAUCCCAACUUGCGAUUGAAUACUGUUACCGAAUCCGAGACCAAUCGCCGAAGACAUGGGUCUUAUGGAUCCACGCAGGCAGUGCCGCACGUUUCUUGCAGAGUUGCGGGGAGAUUGCCGACAUAGUCAAAAUCCCUGGGCGGAAUCAUCCCAAAGCAAAUAUUCUCCAACUCAUUCACAACUGGCUUAAAGAUGAGAAAACGGGGAAAUGGGUAAUCAUUCUAGAUAAUGUGGAUGAUAGUCGUUUCCUACGGGAUGUUCCGGCGGUUGGCCAGGGCUCAGGAGAGAGUGGUCAGAAUGGCAUGACGCCAGGGCGGCCACUCUUGACAUACUUCCCGAUAACCUGCAACGGAUCAGUCGUUAUUACAUCCCGAACCAGAGACGCAGUUUGCAGAAUCGUGAAACAUGAUAAUACAAUUGCGAUAGAACCGAUGGACCUGUCAGACGCAACGAUGCUCCUCGAAAAGAAGCUAGGAGCGCAGGCAGAGGAGGAAAUAUUGCAACUUGUCAACGUACUCGAAUCAAUGCCACUUGCGAUUGCACAAGCAGCGGCCUAUAUUAGGGAAAGGGGGCCACGCAUGUCCGUGCUGCAGUAUCUCAAAGAAUUCCAGGAGAGCGACUACAAGAAAACAAAUCUUCUGGAAUAUGACAAGGAAUACCUGAACCGGGAUUGGCAAGCGAAAAACGCCAUUCUUGUAACUUGGCAAAUUUCAUUCGAUCAUAUCCAGCGAACGAGGCCGUCAGCUGCUGACCUCAUAUCGCAUAUGAGCUUUUUUGACCGACAAGGCAUUCCUGAAUCUUUGCUACGAUCUAGCACAGAUCGUGGAGAUGACCAUGGAAAUCCCACGACAGAAACCGUGAAUGGCAAAUUCAAUAAAAAACGGGACAGCGCGAUUGAACUUAGCGUGGACGAUGAUUUUGAAAACGAUAUAUUGACACUUAGAAACUACUCGUUCAUAUCGGUCGGCGUGGAUAACACGACCUUUGGAAUGCAUCGCCUGGUACAAUUAGCGACGCGAAAUUGGCUUGAAGCCCACGAGCAACUUGAGAAAUGGAAAACGCAUUUUAUUGAAAUACUUUCCAGCAAGUUCCCAACGGAAAAAUACGAGAAUUGGUCAGUGUGCGAAUUGUACUUCUCCCAUGUACAAUCUGCUGUCAUACACCGGCCGAAAAAUGAAGAUAGACCAUUGCAGAAGUGGGCUGAGCUAUUGCAUAAAGCAUCGCGGUAUGCGCUCAAAAGGAACAACCUCGUCGAAAGCGAAAAGAUGGCCACAAUGGCUAUGAAGACAAGAACGAAAAUGUUUGGUUCAGAGGACCAUGAGACGCUGGAUAGUAUUGAAACAGUAGCGUUGUCACAUGGGCUUAGAGGCCAAUGGAUUGAGGCGGAAAGGCUCCACGCACAAGUCAUGGAGACCCGGAAGCGAGUUCUAGGACGACUGAAUCCCUCUACUAUGGACAGCAUUAUCAACCUAGCUACAACAUACUCAAACUGGGGACAAUGGGAUAAAACCGAAAAUCUCAGGUCACAGUUAAUGGAGAUCAUCACGCGGCUAGGACCAGAAAAUCCUAACACUCUGGUUUGCAAGGCCAUUGUAGCAUCAACCUAUCGGAAUCAGGGACGAUGGAAGGAAGCCGAAGAGCUCGAGGUGCAGGUGAUGCAGAUCCGCGAGCAAGUGCUAGGGCCAGAACAUCUCGACACUCUGACCAGCAUAAGCAACCUGGCAUCCACCUACCAAUAUCAAGGGCGAUGGAAGGAAGCCGACAAUCUCUGGUCGCAGGUGAUGCAGAUCCGUGAGCAGAUGCUAGGGCCAGAGCAUCCUGACACUCUGACUAGCAUAAGCAACCUGGCAUCAGCCUACCGGCGCCAGGGACGAUUGAAGGAAGCCGAAGAGCUCGAGAUGCAGGUGAUGCAGGUCCGCAAGCGGGUGCUAGGGUCAGAGCAUCCUGACACUCUGACUAGUAUAAGCAACCUAGCAUCGACCUACUGGAGUCAGGGACGACUGAAAGAAGCCGAAGAGCUCGAGGUGCAGGUGAUACAGAUCCGUAAGCAGGUGCUGGGGCCAGAGAAUCCUAUCACUCUGACUAGUAUAAGCCACCUAGCAUCGACCUACUGGAAACAGGGACGAUGGAAGGAAGCCGAAGAUCUUGAGGUGCAGGUGGUACAGAUCAGUAAGAAGGUGCUAGGUCCAGAGCAUCCUGACACUCUGACCAGUAUAGGCAACCUAGCAUCGAGCUACCAGCGUCAGGGACGAUGGAAGGAAGCCGAAGAGCUCGAGGUGCAGGUGGUGCAGAUCAGCAAGAAGGUCUUAGGGCCAGAGCAUCCUAACACUCUGGCCAGCAUAGGCAACCUAGCAUCGACCUACUGGAACCAGGGACGAUGGAAGGAAGCCGAAGAGCUCGAGAUGCAGGUGAUGCAGAUCCGCAAGCGGGUGCUAGGGUCAGAGCAUCCUGACACUCUGACCAGCAUAAGCAACCUAGCGACCUACCGGCGUCAGGGACAGGGACGAUGGAAAGAGGCGGGAGAGCUCGAGAUGCAGGUGAUGCAGAUCCGUGAGCAGGUGCUAGGGUCAGAGCAUCCUGACACUCUGGCUAGCAUAGGCAACCUAGCAUCGACCUACUGGAAUCAGGGACGAUGGAAGGAAGCCGAAGAUCUCGAGAUACAGGUGGUGCAUAUCAGCAAGCAGGUGCUAGGGCCAGAGCAUCCUGACACUUUGACCAGUAUAAGCAACCUAGCAUCGACCUACUGGAAUCGGGGACGAUGGAAGGAAGCCGAAGAGCUCGAGGCGCCGGUGAUGCAGAUCCGCAAGCGGGUACUAGGGCCAGAGCAUCCUGACACUCUGACCAGCAUAAGCCACCUAGCAACCUACCUGCGUCAGGGACAGGGACGAUGGAAAGAAGCGGAAGAGCUCGAGGUGCAGGUGAUGCAGAUCCGCAAGCGGGUGCUAGGGUCAGAGCAUCCCGACACUCUGACCAGCAUGAGCAACCUAGCAAUUACCUACAAAUAUCAGGGGCGAUGGAAGGAAGCCGAAGAGCUCGAGGCGCAGGUGAUGCAGAUCCGCAAGCAGCGGCUAGGGCCAGAGCAUCCCGACACUCUAUCUUCCAUGGAGAGGCUAGCAAUGGUCCACUGGAAACAGGGACGAUUGAAGGAAGCGGAAGAACUACAGGUGCAGGUGGCUAAGACCCGCAAGCAGGUGCUCGGACCAAAGAAUCUCGACACUUUAAUUGCCAUGGGUAAUCUUACCCUUAUAUGGAUGUCAUCUGGUAAAUAUCAAGAUGCCUUGUUAUUAAUGGCGGAAUUUGUCCGACCUUGUAACAUGGAUAAGGCCCUGGUCGCACAUAUUCCUUGGAGAAGCAUCAUGAUCACACGUAUCCUGUGGAGAAGCAUUAUAUGGUGCCUUCUCUUCCUUCUGUUAGGGGUUUUCUUAUACAAGGUAUGA